AUGAAAUUUUAACAUUUUUGGUUGCUAAUAGCAAUUUUGAAAUAAUGUUUAAGUGAUAUCCCAAUUACUUAAACUCAGAAAUAUAACUUCCCUUUGGAAAUUCGAAAUUCUAAUACAAUAUUUUUGAGAGAUUAUACUUUCAAAAUAAUUGAAGCUCCAUUCUACGAAUUAUUAAGUUCAAGCGAAUUCAACUUAACAAUUGAUUAAGCAAUAUCUCAAAUUUUUAAGAUGAAUUCAAGUAGCAUUAAUGAUUCAUCAAUAAGGAUUGGAAGUAAUUAUAUUUCGCUUACUGGGGUUAAUUCUAACAUUUUUUGGGUUUUAACUUAAAAUGAUAAACUUUACAAGGGUCGAAUAUAAAGUAAUGGAGAAUUAUAUAUGAAUUUUUUGGAUAUUAUGAUUUAAAAAUGUAAUAUAAAUUUUUGUAUUGUUUUUAGAAUAUUUCUAAAUAAACUUAAUAACAAAUGAUUUUGGAAUGCUGAGUAGCUUAUAAGAUGGUGAAUUAUAUUUUACAUUAAUAAAUUCAACAAACUUAGAAUGCACAGACUUUAUCAUAAAUUAUUAGAUAGAAUCCUAAUUUUAUAAUCCUAUUAUUUAAAUCUUAUCUAUAAAUAACACAUAAUUUACAUUUUGUUUGAUAUACACAACACCAAAAAAUGCUCAUAUUGUUUAUUUUACUUAUAAUUAAGAUGAUAUAGAAUAAACAUCUGAAUAAAUAUUUGAUGGAUCAUAUUCAAAUGCUUUCUUAUCUGAUUAUUAGAAUUAUCUUUUUUUGAUAAAUUCUGAACAUGUUUAUUUAGUUGAUUUAUUUUAAAAUAGUAGUAGUAUUCAAGAAAUAUUUAAUUCAAAUAUUUAAAUUUAAGAUGAUUCCUAACCCAUAUCAUAUUUUACAACUUUUCAAAUUAGUAAUAACUUAUUUCACAUAAUAAUUCUACAAUAAUAAUUACUUAAAUCUUUUUUUAUAGAUACUAAUUAUAUAAAUAUAUAGGCCUAAUCAAAUUCAUAUAUUUUGAAUAAGUAUCAAAAAAUAAACAAAAUAGAAUUGACUUUGGAUAAUAUAUUAAUUGUUACAGAUACAUUCAUAAUUGACUUGUAAUUAAAGGACUCCAUUAAGGCUACAGGUUAUUAACUACUAUAAUUUGGAACAUAUGCAUUUUUUAAUUUAUUGAGGAAUAUUGUAGUUGUUUAAGAAUUCUUCAAUAAUUAAACCAUAAUUUCUACUUACUUAAUUAAUUAACCUUAAAUAUUUAUUUCUUAAGAUACUUCCAAAUUAUUAGAAGAAAUGAGUUAAACUGUAAAACUUGAUAUAUAAGUAAAGUCUUAGUUAAAUAAUAAAUUUAUGUAGUAUACUUUUUAAAUUUAAUUGAUUCAAUUAAAUGUUAUGGAAAAUUCGAAUCCUAUUUAAUUUCAUUAAGAUAUAGAGGAUUUAAUUCUAUAAUUUCCUUAGGAUAAAGUUAUAGAUAGAAACCAAAUAUUUUUAGGUCCCAAUUUAACAUUAUCACUUUAAUCUAGUAAUUCUGAUUAUCUUUACGCAAGUGUUGAAGAACUUAAGUUUGAAGAACGGUCUAUAAAAAAUGCAAUUUAUUCAAUAGUUUGUUCAUUUUCAAGAUAAUAAGAAUUAUAUUGUUCUUAAUUUAUGAAUGAUACAAUUAUUCUAACAAUAGAAAAUCCAGCAUACUCAACUUAAAAAUACAAUAUUUAGUCUUAUUUAAAAUUAUAGAAGUGCUCAUGCAUCAAAACUGCAUAAAAUAUCAAUGUUCUUAUGUAGUUUAAUAGUAGUGUAUUAAUACAAUAAUUUGAUUAUUCUUUGUAACCAACUAAAUAAAUUUUGUUACCAUUUUAAAUGAAGAUCAUAAGUGCUUAAAUUUUAAAAGAUGUCUUAUUUACAACUACUGUAGAUGGUAAAUUAAUUGCCACAGAUAUAUAUGAAAAAUAGUAAUUAUUUAUAAUUUCAAAUUAUAAUUUUUAAGAAAUUUACAUAAAUCCAUAUGAUUUCCCACAUUAUUUAUUUAUAGAUAAUAUAGAUGAAUUAAUUAUUUUAGCAUAUAAUGGAAAAUAGUCAUAUGAAUUUAUUAAUUCUAUUCAAUAUCCUAUACAAAACUACAAAAGUAAUGCUAUAGGUAUAUUAAGUAAUGGAAUAUAUCUUGCUUUUUGUUAAGACAAUAAUAAUUUUAUCUAUUUCUAUCAGAAAAUCAAUAUUUACCUUUAAAAUAGUCUAUCUAAUUAUUUCGACGUGUAUUUCUAAGGAUUGGAAAUAUAUUAAAAUCCUAAUAUAUUAAGUACUUAUACAUCUAGUAAUUUCUACUUAAUCUUUGUUCAGGGUAAUUUUUUCUAAUUAUGCUAAUUUUCUGGAACUGGAACUUCUUAUACAGCUUUGAGGACCUCUUUAUUAUAUCAAUUGAAUGGCUUAAGUUUCAUUUAAAUGAGUUCUAUUUAGAAUUAAGAACCAGGCUAUUAAGUAUAAAAGGUUUAUUUAUUCACAAAUAAAUAAAAAUUCAUAGAUCAUCCAUAUUUAUCAUAUGAUUUUAUUUUAGCAACACGUUAUAAUGAAGAUGAUUAUAUUGGAAAAAUUAAUAUAACAUAUGGGGCAUAGAAUAAAAAUUUUUCUUCAUUUUUUAUACAAAAUGUUUCAAUAAUUUAUGAAAACUAUUUAUUACUUCCUCGAAAUUUGCAUGAUAAAUAGAUUUACAGCAUAUAGAAUAAAGGGGAUAUUAAAAUUAAUCCUAGAACACUUUUUUAUGGAAAUAUUUAGAAUUAUACAGUAAAUUGUGAUUAAUGCAAUUCCUUUAAUAUUAUAUAACCGAUUGCUUUUAGCAAUUCAUAAUCUAUAAACAUUUCUGUUGAAAAUAUGUUGAAUCAAAAUGAUAUACUUUAUUUAACAGAUUAAUAGAAUAACUUAUAUUAAUUUUAUCCUGAAACUAAUAAUUUAUCAAUGAUAUAUAAUUUAACAGAUUAAGGAAAUUAAGUUUGCUAUUUUCUUUUUAUUGAAAUGUAAAAUUCUUUUCCUGUACAAAUUUGUACUGGAAAUUCAACUAUAAUAUAUGCAUUUAAUACAUCUUCAAAUUAAAUAAUCUAACAUAAUUUUACUGAAGUAUGUUGUUUUUAUUACUCAACUUAUCAAAAUGGUAUAUUAACAGUAUUUUCUAAUGGCUAAUUUCAAACUUUGGAUUUUUUUGUUUUUUAUUUUUGGAUUUCCAAUAACCAAAUUAAUCUCAUGUAAAUUUUCAAUUCUAAUGGAGUAUGCCAGAAUUGUUUGAUAAGUUCUCUGUAUUUAAAUAUGUCUUAAAACUUUACUACUCAACCUUGUUAAAUAUUUGGAUUUAUAACAACCUCAAGCAAUGGUCGAGGUAAUAAUGAAAUUUUUCUAUUAAAACAUUGCAUCUCUUCAACAAUGAGUUAAAUUUUUGGGUUUGCACCUAACUAAACUACUUAAUCUGGUAAUAUUUAUUUUUAAAGUUCUACUUGGAAUUUAAUAUAAACAGAACUUGUUAGUUUUCCAUUUUAUAAAAUUACUAGAUAAUUUGGAUCCUCAGAAUAUAUUUCUGAUAAUCUUAUACAAGUUAGAUUUAUUGUUACAUAUGUCAAUGUUGUUGAUUUGUAUAUCAUUUUAUUUAAUUAAACAACAGGAAAACUUAUUAGUUUUGUUCUAGAUUAAGGUUUUUACAUAGAUUCUAACCAAACUAUAAGAUCAUUUCUAGUAUAUUUAGGAUCAAAUGGCUUAGUAAUGAUACAAAGUUUUUAAGACUAAAAUAUAUUAACUCCUCAAAUCUAUACAUUUGAAAAACAUAAAUUUCAAAUAAAAUACAAUACAAAAAAAUUAAACAGAAUGAUAGGAUUCGAAAUAAUAUAGGAUUAGCCUUCCUAAAUUUAUAGUUUAUUUUCUGGUAAUUAUUAUGCUAUUAGAAAUAAAACUAAUUCAUAAUUAUAUUAUAUUUAGAAUUAUCUUACCCUCUCUAUUGAUUUAACUGGUAUUUAAAAUACAUCAAUUGAAAUCACAGGCCAUAAUCCAUAAAAUUAAAUAAAACAGUCAUUAUUUAUUUUGAAUCUAAAUUAUAGCAACACAAAUACAAAUAAUAAUACAAUUAUACCUGAUAAUCCAAAUUCAACAGACCCAGAUGUUCAAAAAAAUUAAUAUCAUGUAGUAUUAAUUUUACUCUACUUUUUCAUGAUUAUUUUUUCAAUUAUUGUUUUUAUAGCACCUAGAUGUUGUUCCAAACUAACAAAGCCAUAUAAGUAACCUUCUAUUAAUUUUGAAUUAAUUGAGAAGUGA